GAUUGUAGGCAAUCUAAUCUUGAUCAUAUGCAAUUUUAUUUAUUUAUUUUUGGCAUUAGCUAGGUUGAUUAUGGUUAGAGGUAAAUUAUUUUGAUUACUUCUGACAGUGGAUAGUGUUUUGAUUUGGGGUGGAGAUUAAUAUUUUUCUUCUUGGUUGUUUGGAAAUUCAAGUAGUUCUUUCAUCUGAAUUCACUUUCUCGUUUCUUAAAUUUGACAAUUUGAGAAAAUUAAUGUUUGGGUUAAAUACAUUAAAGUGGGAGGCUGUGCAGUCCCAUAUAUUAAAUUUGACUGAUAAUGGGAAAUUGGGAAUGGUUAGCUUUGCUUACUCACCCUCUUCUAUUGUUUAGUAUUAUUUUGGCAUUGGCAUGUGAUGAUGACCUAAAACUUAUCUAUUGUCCCUUUAUAAUAAGGGAAGGUUAGACUCUGAGCAGCUUAUUUUAAUCUUCAAAGUCAAAUGAUUUUGUCAUUGCCCAAGCAAACUAGUAUUAAUUUGUAAGCAAAUCACUUAAAAUAGUUAUGUUUUAGAUCCAAAACAGGGGAAGAAAAAAAAAUCUCUGUUAGAACUUGAAAAGUUGCCUCUUGUUCAAAUUCCCAACAAGUUCUUCAAUCUUGAUUAACAUCUUCACUCAGCAUCUGUUUGUUCUUGACAUAUUGUAAUCUUCCUCUAUUGCUUUCUGCACUUUCAUGGCAAAGGAUCAACAAGUCACGGUCUUCGCAUUCCGCUAUUCCUGCUACAUCCUUCUUGUUCUUUCUGCCUUCUCAUCCAUCUCAUUCCUCUACUGGUCUCACUGCUCUGGACGCUGCUAUUCCAGUGUCCAAACAGCAGAGCAGAAACAAAAUCAACCCAUUAACCUCCUUUCCUUUCCUUCUGCUUGGAACCGUCUUUCCUUCCCUUUAGAACCACCUUCCAAUCUCCUCAAGAUUGCUCUCUUUGUCAAGAAAUGGCCUCACAGAUUUCAAGCAGGCGGGCUUGAGCGCCACGCCUUGACUCUCCACCUCACGCUAGCCAAACGAGGCCAUGAGCUCCACAUCUUCACCGCCUCUUCCCCAAACACCACCUUUCCCAAAUACCCAAUUAGCAAUUUACAUUUUCACCAGUCAAAACCAACAAAUGCUGGUUAUUUGGACCAAGCUAUAGCCUGGAGGCAAUUCCAAGCCCAGAACUCAACCGGCAAACCUUUUGAUGUGAUCCACACUGAAAGUGUAGGACUUUUGCAUACCAGGUCACGGGGUCUGCCUAAUCUAGCUGUUACCUGGCAUGGGAUUGCGUAUGAAGCGAUGCACACUGACAUCAUUCAGGAACUUCUGCGAACUCCUGAAGAGCAUCGGGCAUAUGCAUUGACCGAGAGAGCAACGAAGGUCGUUGAAGAGGUGAAAUUUUUUCAAAAUUACGCUCACCAUGUUGCUACCAGCAAUCAUGCUGGGGAUGUUCUGAAAAGGAUUUACAUGAUCCCAGAAGAACGAGUUCACAUCAUUCUCAAUGGUGUAGAUGAGGAGAUUUUCAAGCCAGAUGUAACCAAGGGUAAGGAUUUCAAGCAGAAAUUUGGGAUUCCACAAUCUAAGUCAUUGAUCUUUGGAAUGGCUGGAAGGUUGGUUAAAGAUAAAGGACACCCAUUAAUGUUUGAAGCUCUGAAGCAGAUUUUCACGGAAAAUUCUAGAUUUCGCGAGAGUGUCGUGGUCUUGGUUGCAGGGGAUGGUCCAUGGAGCACAAGAUACAAAGAUCUCGGGGCCAAUUUACUGGUUUUGGGGCCAUUGGAGCAGGCUCAACUGGCAGGGUUUUACAAUGCAAUAGAUGUUUUUGUGAACCCAACACUCAGAGCUCAGGGAUUGGAUCAUACUUUGUUAGAAGCAAUACUUACUGGUAAGCCAGUAAUGGCAACGAGGCUUGCCAGCAUUACAGGGUCCGUUAUUGUCGGCCCUGAGAUGGGUUAUACAUUUUCACCCACAAUAGAUUCACUGAAAAAGGUCCUUUAUCAGGUUUGGGAAGAUGGAAGAGGAAAUCUUGAGAUGAAAGGUCAGGCAUCUAGGGAGAGAGGCUUGAAGUUGUUCGCUGCCACCAAGAUGGCAACUGCCUAUGAAAGGUUGUUCCUUUGCAUUUCAUAUAAUGGGGAAAGCAGCUAUGACUAUUGUACAUACCACCCUCCAAAUGCCUAA